AUGGGUGACUUUAAUGAUUUGCUGUUCCAAGAUGAUAAACGAGGCCCGCAUCCUUACCCUAAUUGGUUGUGUGUUGGGUUCCAGGAGGUUAUGGGAGAGUGCGAUCUUAUUGAUAUCCCUCUAGAGGGACAUCCUUUCACUUGGACGAAAAGUCGUGGUACGACGCAUAUGAUUGAGGAACGUUUCGAUAGAUCCCUUGCCAAUCCGCAGCGGUUGCAGUUAUUUCCGACCACGAAGCUAAUCAAUCUUAUUGCUACGCAUUCAGACCAUAGCCCUAUUUUACUAAAAUGUGAUACGGUUCAAAUUCGUCGCAAUAGAAGAUCGUUUAAGUUUGAAAACUGGUGGUUAAAGGAGGAGGGGGUGCAGAAUGUGGUGCAACAAAGUUGGGUUGCAGUGAACCAUCAGUCUGUCUUCGGGAAACUCGCAGACUGUGCUUCUGACCUUGAUCGGUGGAACAAGUUACGUACUCGACAAAACAAUGAUGACAAGGACCGUCUUCUUGGUAUAUUGCGAUGUCGUGGGUGUAACGACCCUGUAUCCACUGGUCAGUAUAUGGAGGCUCACAUGGAAUACAAUAAUGUUCUUAUACGGGAGGACACGUACUAG